UGUGUAGUCUACACUAUCGAUGUUUUCUACUGAAAAUCAUUUCAAAUCGAUUGCACUUGACAACGAUGUUUUUGCACCACUAGCGUAAUAUAGUGAAUCCCCCAUAUAGAAGUUCUACUGUACACACAUACAUAUGUACACUUUUGGCAGUGCGUCAAAAUUAUUGUGUCAAGAGUUUGGCAAGACAAUUACACAAUGUCGAUGGCCGAAACGCUGGACUAUCUCAUCCUGGGCAAUCCAGUCAGUCAGAUGGUCAUCGCGUCGGCGAACGCCCUCUUGGAGAUCAUCGGACUGGAACCUUGGCCAAUGGCAGUGGAGGAUUCCAUCCUGGCACUGCAUCCAUCGGCGGCACAAUCGUAUGUGCGUUCGCAUAGCUCACUGUACUGCCUCGCCGGAUGCCAUUAUCAUUUUGUGCGGCUGGCGGGGAUCGGCGGCGCAUCGGCCAUCUUUAUGAGUGCCUACUGCAAGUAUGUGCUGCGGGACAUCGAUAGCAUCAGGGAGCAACUGGACUCGCAGGCAUUCGCCGAUGUGGCCAAUCGCAUCCACUUUCUGCACUCCUUUGCCCUGAUGGCCAUGCCCCUGGCCCACUAUCCCUUCCUCACCGGCACCCUAAUGAUCACCGGCACCCUCGCCUUCAGCGGUUCCAUGUACUAUCGCGCCCUCACGGGUGAGAAAUGGAUGCAGCCGUAUGCCACCAUGGGAGGAUUCUGCCUGAUGGCCGCCUGGCUGUCGUUGGUGCUGUAGAAGAAUCACAGAAUCACCAAUCACUGCUUGUGUAUACCUUGUCCAAAUGAUGGAUCUCAUUCCACUUACUUAGCUGGCAGUAGUAUAUAGUGAAUAUAGUCAGUCCUAAAAGUGAAGUCUAUACUUGGGCCUUUGCAGCCGAUGGAAGACACUUUUAAGAUCUAUAUUGCUAUGAUCUGUUUUGCCCCAUGUAAAUCAAAUAAACAAUACGAAAGUACCAUC